UAGUACAUGUUUAAAGCAGCAUUCCGUUGGAUUGUUUGGCGUUUUGUGUGCAGAUCAGUGCGAUUCGUCCAGUAAGGUGUAAAUUUGAGCUCUAGACUGAACUCGGAUUUUAAAACAUGAGCUCCAUCCUUGUUUUUAUUGCUUUCUGCACUGUGUUUUUAAUGGAAGGAAGCAGCGCUGCUACUGUGUUCAGCAUCAGACCUCUCAAACUAGCUAAGAUCGUAGGCUUUUCCUGGGAGAAUUGUGGGAAGCCUGAUGAUCCAGCUGUUUUACGUACUCUGGAUUUGUCUCCAGAUCCCAUUAACAUUCCUGGAGAUCUGACUGCAAGUACAUCUGGUACCACAUCUGUAGCCCUGGUGUCUCCUCUCUCUGUAAAUGUCACCCUGGAGAAAGAUGUGGCUGGUUUCUGGGUCAAAAUACCAUGUGUGGACGAGUUAGGGAGCUGCCACUACCAGGACAUUUGUGAUAUUUUGAACCAGCUCAUUCCUCCUGGCCAGGACUGCCCUGAACCUUUGGUCACCUAUGGCCUUCCAUGCCACUGUCCCUUUAAAGCAGGUGACUACUCUCUACCCCAGUCUGAUUUUAUCCUGCCAGAUGUAGAGCUGCCUUCCUGGCUAACCAACGGCCAGUACCGAGUGCAGGGGAUAUUGGGGGGCUACGGCAAAGAGCUUGGAUGCCUCAAAGUCACCCUCAGACUUCACUCAGCCUAAUUAAGAGAGUAUAAAAAAGACUACUGCACAGUGUAUCCAUAGAAUUCUCAGGUGUCUUGAGAAAAGCUUAAGAAACUGGCUAAAUUGGGAGCUAACGAUCAAUUCAGUUAUGUUACUAACAGCAGACUGAUUUAAAAUGAUGACUACACUUUAAAUUGCUACUUACUACAUCUGCUAUUGUCAGAUUAAAAAAUAUGAGGGAGCAUUUUAUGUUUUAAUAAACAUAGUUUUAGCAUAUGUUAAUCAUGUUUUUAAUUCUUAUAAAUCUAUAUUGAUAAUUAGGUUUAUGUAUGGGUUUUGUUUACAUUUAACUGUAAACCUGAAAAAUGGGAGGACAGCUAUAGCCUUAACGAUUUUUUGUUUUUGUUUUUAGCUUCUGUGAAUCUUAUGAUAAUAAACUUUUAAAUUAUGCCUGUCAAUUGUUUUUUAUUUUAAUAAAGACUUGGUGCAUUACAAUCAA